AAAAUGUCAUUUUGAAUUCUGGAUAUACCAAGAACAGCUUCUUAGAAUAAUUCGAUUAGUUCACCCCCCUUUGUAAGGCGGAUGCUGUAAAGGAAUAACCAGGCAGGAACCCGGCACAGAUUACAUUUCUUAUGCAAAUAGAUUUGAACGACGACUGCGGUCCUAAAGAAUCUGCAAUGGCAUCGCAGGACCACUACAGUUUACGAUGGAAUAACCAUCAAAAUCACAUACUGAGAGCCUUUGAUGCGCUCCUUCAAACUAAAACGUUGGUGGAUGUGACCCUAGUGUGCGCGGAAACAAGCAUACGUGCCCACAAGAUGGUACUGUCCGCUUGCUCGCCAUUUUUCCAGCGCGUCUUCUCCGAAACGCCAUGCAAACAUCCAGUAAUUGUACUCAAAGACUUCCGAGGUUGGGUAGUCCAAGCAAUCGUUGAUUUCAUGUACCGUGGUGAAAUCAGUGUACCACAAGAGCGCCUGCAGACCCUUAUCCAGGCGGGAGAAUCACUUCAAGUUCGCGGGCUUGUUGAAAACACUGUACCUGGUAACACCCCAACUCCAGCAGCAUCACCCGACGAAUUCAGUCUGAUGGACACAUCGAUGUUACAAUCCGAGCUGGGCGAACGAUGCUCCAACUACGACGAUGAUCCUGCGCCUACAAUGAUCGGCUCAAAUUCAAAACUGAUACUACCCUCACAGAUUUUUGGAGACAAUGCUCAGAGUUCCCACCUAUCGAAUCCAGACCUAUGUACUUCGCCGAUGCCGCGAAGGAAACAAGCACGGCCGAGGAGACGUUCGGGGGAAUGUGGACCACAUGAUUUAAGUAAACCCGCCUCACCAAGUCCUGACACAAGUGACACUGUCAAGGUUGAAUCAACUAAGGACGAUAAACCAAAAACUGAAGAAUCAAAUCCCAAUUUGUCAAAUACAGAUGACGAAGAAAAUACAACUAACCAACAAAAUGAACGGGUGCAACCCGAAAACUGUGAUGGACCUGAGGAUUUGUGUACAAAGAAAGACAGUGAUACCAGUUCGUCUGAACGAAGCAAACUCCAAACACAAGAGCAGCAAAGUCAGCAACAAACAAUGGAGAUCGAUGAGUCAAAUCCUUCAAAUAGUAACACUAGCAUAAGUCACAACAAUAACAACAACAACAAUAGCAGUAGCAACAACAAUAAUAACAACCGAAUAAUUCUCUCACUCAAAGAAUUUCGACACCUCAACAAACCACCCUCCAUCGCUCGAUCGCCAAAUCCAUUUCAUCCCUCCCAUCCACUUCACCUGCGCCCAACAGAUUCGCACAGUAUGAAAAGUGAAUCAUUAGAAGGUCAAAUGGACAACGAGAGUCCUUUCCACAUGGAACAAAUGGAUCUUUCGAUGGCAGCUGCAGCAGCUGCUGCUGCACAACAUCAACAUCAGAUGGUGGCCAGCGGAAUGUUGGGAAUGCAUUCAUCAAAUGUACACCAGCAACAAGGUCAUGACAGGCUCGAUGCAGACAUGGUUAAUCAUCGAAUGAAUAAGGAGUUUACCCCUAGCUCACCGAUGAAUCUUCCAUCACAUUUUAAUCCACCUGACGGACCACCACAUCCACCAUCGCCGCUACCUUUUCCCGGGAUGUCAUCAGCGCUAGGCUUAACACCGCCACACAUGUUCGGACUAGAUUCACCGCUUGGACUGUUCCCGCCUGGUAUGGAUCCUGGAAAGCUAUACAACCCUCUCAUGGAAAUGUCGGAUCCGCGAGGUUUGCCCGGCGAUCACCCACCAUUCCUCAAAAAGAAAAUGUCUCGCCCGAAAGGACAGCAUUCUGCUCCUCGCGGUGGACCUCCCCGUUCAUGGACGAAUGCCGAACUGACAGAAGCCCUGCAACACGUAUGGAAUAAGAAAAUGACGACAAGCCAAGCAUCCCGCAUAUUCGGUAUACCUUACAAUUCGUUGCUAAUGUAUGUUCGGGGGAAAUAUGGAAAGAGCCUAAAAUUGGAGCAGCUUCGAAAAGACUGUAUAAGUGGGCCACCGAUAGAAUUGCUUACGAUGAGUAUGGCCGGCAAUAAUAAUAAUAACAAUAAAAAUAUGAACGAGAAUCGAACCAAAGACUCGAAAGACCUAGAAGGACCAAUGCAACGUAGUUCAAGCUCUGAGCCCGAUCUCAUGUCGAGUCCAAAUCCAAUCUUUAAUCCAUUCCCGCCCGGUUUUUAUCCUGAUUUCCCUGGUGGAUUUCCAGGAUUACCACUUGGUAUGCUCAAUCUACUGCCACCUGAACGACAUCAGAAUGCCAUGCACAUGAAUGUCGUAGAUGAAGAUUGUAAAUCGGAUAGAUCAAAACAAUCCUUAGAGGAUGACUUUCCCCAGCCCCUUGCCCUCAAUCGUGAAGAUCGUCGCGAAAUGCUUCAGCAGAAUGGGCAGGAUUGAAAUUUUUGGCAAGAUUGGGCCGCAAACCCGAUCUUCUUUCCCCACCAUCUAUUCCCGCAACGACGGAAGGCAAAACGUAUGAAACGCAAACGCCGAAGUGAGGCUAAAUUGGAUGAUACUAUUCCAGCUACUAAUAUGAUCACUCCCACCACGUCCACCAACAACUCAAGUAGUUUGAAUAGUCCAUUCAAUUGUUAGCAAUUGAUUUCAACUGCGGAAAAUUCUCAAGAAUAAAUACUAAACGGAAAUGUUUAGAAAUAUGAAAAUCAAAAGAAAAUCUAAUUUAUAAUGUUAAUAUUUAUUUUAUCGUUUGGCGAUACAAUUGAUGCACAAGGACUCUCUUAUGUAAAUAGAAAUAAACUUUAUAUAAAUAUAUAUAAAAAUAGAAAAACUAAAACACAAUGAAAAUGAAGUUCCGGGAGCUUCUCGAAAAUGCAAUAUUUUACGACGUUUAGGUUAUUAUAGUCUUUAGGAUUUAGACAAAAGCAAAACAUUCCAUAUAUAUUCAAAAUGAACAAAAAAAAAUGGAUUUGUAUUUUAUAGCAAAAGAAAACACGAUAUGUAAGUGUAAUUUUUGAACCGACUCUCGAAAGUAUUUUUCCAUUCCUAGACAAUUCUCAUUUUUCUCCAGUUUUUCAUUCACCAAUAGGCACUUAGCGGUGCAGAAAUAUAAUUUUCUUUGAAUGGUAAUUUGUAUUUAGACGAAAUUUUCCUUAGUUUAUAGUCUCCCUGAUGUACAUUAUGUAUAUGUUGAAUAAUUUUCAUUGAACAUCGAUACACUGUGGUCUUUUUUUUUGUGAAAUAUGAAUAUAAGUAUUUGAAUUGAAUUAAUUUGAAAACGGUGCUUUAAGUUCAUUAUGGUCAUGAACAUUCCUGCAAUUCAUUUAUAAUAUGGAUUAGAAAAUGAGUUUAGUUCAUUAUAUAUGAUAUAUUUUAUUAUUGUUUGUAAAUUAUUUGAUAUAAUUCUUCAUUAUAAAUCUACUGGUAGUUGAAUUAUUUUAUUUUUGU